AUGGGCAGGAACAAGUCGGCAACGACAGGCAAGGUGGCCAUCAUCCAAAGAGAGGGACUACUCCAGCCCGGCAGCCGGGCUUGUCCUCCAAAUUACAUUCUCCAUGGUGAAGGCUCCACUGUCAUUUUGCUGCCUCGUGCCGCCCCAGCAAGCGUGAUACCCUCGGGAGAAGCAGUAGCAUCGACUAGCAAGAUCAACAGUCGAGUCAAGUGCGAGGAGGAACAGGAAGUCUUCAUCAAUCCCAUUCAGGAGUACAACAGAGACCUUUCGGUGGCUUGCAUCGAUACCUGGAGCCGCAUUCGUGCAGCAGAGCGCCAUGAGAAGGCAUCCUCACGACGCGCUUAUAAGCGCCAACGUAAUGGCGCUAAUGCGGACGACAACGCCCAAGGAAAGCGCCGCAAGCUUGACAAUGACGCGACCGAGAUAGCCGCUGGCGAGUCACGUCAGACUGACAUUGAGGAGGCCGCAGCAGACGAACCUGACGGCGUGGGAGCUGAGGAUGCUCCAGCGUCCGCUCAGCCUAACCCGAAUUCGUACAAGUUUACCGCCUUUGAAGCUCUCGCUGCUUCUGGCCUCCGCUCAAUACGCUAUGCACGCGAGCUGCCUCUCCUCAAAUGGGUACAAGCGAACGAUCUGAGCCCCAAAGCAGUCAAGCUCAUCCAGAUGAACGCCGACUUUAACGAGCUAAGCGAUCCGGACGAUGCGGAAAAGCGGUGGCCCAUCAAAACGCAGCCGACCGCGGAAACCAUUGCAGCCGAGAUCCCGGAAGCAUCAGCGUCGUCUGUCAAGUCACAGGCAAAAGUCAGAGUGUCACAGGGCGACUGCUGUACGAUCAUGUACGCCGAACGGCAGACGAGAAACUAUAACGUCAUCGACCUGGAUCCAUAUGGCAGCGCAGCGCCUUUCAUCGAUGCCGCAGUACAGGCAGUUGCUGAUCAUGGCCUGCUCUGCAUCACUUGUACUGACCUCGCUGUUCUCGCUGGCUGUGGGUAUCCCGAGAAGACUUUCUCGCUAUACGGAGGUUCUCCGACCCGAGCCGAAUACUCGCAUGAAGUUGCGCUGCGACUUGUGCUUCACGCAAUCUCAUCAUCGGCUGCCCGCUACGGGCGUCACAUAGAACCUGUGCUCUCGCUGUCCAUUGACUACUAUCUGCGCGUCUUCGUACGCGUUGCGAGCGGACCUAUCAAAGUCAAGCAGUUGGCGAGCACGACAGCGCUUGUUUAUGUCUGCAAUUAUUGCCAGUCGCCAAACUUUCAACCGAUGGGACGGAUUCAUAGCAGGCCUACCAGAAAAGAAGGCAGCGCACCUCAGCUGUCAUUUGGCACGGCAACGGGUCCUCCUACAAAUUCGACGUGCGAUCAGUGCAAGCAGACCUAUCAUGUCGCCGGUCCAAUGUGGAUGGGCAGGCUUCACGACAAGAGCUUCGUCACUGCUGUCAUAGAUCACGUUGAGCAAUCUGGCGACCAUUACGCCACAAAGGCGCGAAUGCUCGGCAUGCUGAAAGUGGCACAAGCCGAAUUGGACGCGCCGUUCUACUUCUCGCCGAGCAAGCUGGCAAGCAUGUAUCACUGCAGCGCGCCACCUCUCAAUUCCGUCGUCAAUGCUGUCUUGAACGCAGGCUACUCGGCAUCUCGCAGUCACUGCGCGUCUGGAUCGCUCAAGACAGACGCACCGCGAAGUUUCUUACUCGCCAUCAUUCGCAAAUGGAUCGAGACUCAUCCUGUCAAGCUCAGCAACAUCAAGGAAGGCAAUCCGGCGCGCAUCCUCCUGGCAGGCUGCAAGACCGUCGAAGAAGUGGCCGCGCGGGCCGCAAGCGAUUCACUGCCACUUGAAGCAGACAACGCCGGUCCCUCUAAUAGCAACGGGCGCGACGCGGCUUUGCCAGCUGCUAGCGCGCCUUCAGUAGAUGUCAAUUUCGACAAGAACCCGCAGACACACACUGUCUUGAUGAGUCAGCUUGGCCUCGCAAUGUAUCCCACUAAUCCUCUGGACAACUGGGGACCUCAAAAAGCGUCAAGCACCUAA